AACCAAUACGAUGAUGUUUAAAAAUCUCAUAAACAGCGUUGGUCGUCGCUCACUUAGCACUUCUGCUAGACGCACCAACAACCUCUACGAUCAAUCAAUCCCUAACCUUGCAGUCAACAAGAACACUAGAGUCAUUUGCCAAGGUUUCACAGGUAAAACUGCCACUUUCCACUGUAGAGAAGCACUCGCCUACGGUACCAACAUGGUUGGAGGUGUUAGCCCUUCAAAAGCUGGUACUGAGCACCUCGGAUUGCCUGUUUUCGGAUCUGUCAAGGAGGCAGCUCGUGAAGCCAACCCUGACGCAACCGUACUUUACGUUCCACCACCAUUCGCUGCAGAUGCUAUCAUUGAAGCUAUCGAAAACGAAAUCGGUUUGAUCGUCGCUAUCACUGAAGGUAUCCCUCAAGCAGAUGAGAUCAAGGUAGCUCACGUACUCCGCCAACAAUCAAAAUCACGUUUGCUUGGUCCUAACUGCCCAGGUGUUAUCAACCCAGAUGGCUGUAAAAUUGGUAUCAUGCCUGGAUAUAUCCACACACCAGGUAAAGUCGGUAUCGUAUCAAGAUCAGGUACUUUGACUUAUGAAGCCGUUCAACAAACUACCGAAGUUGGUUUGGGUCAAUCUAUCUGUUUAGGUAUCGGUGGUGAUCCAUUCCCAGGUACCACUCACGUCGAUGCUUUGAAACUUUUGCUUCAUGAUCCAAAGACUGAAUCUAUCGUUUUGAUUGGUGAAAUUGGUGGUUCAUCAGAAGAGGAAGCUGCUGAGUACAUUAAGAAGAACAACGUUCAUAACAAGCCAAUCGUCGGUUUCAUCGCUGGUGUUUCAGCUCCACCUGGUCGUAGAAUGGGUCACGCAGGUGCAGUUAUCUCAGGUGGUGGUGUUGGUAAAGCUGAGACAAAGAUUAAUGCACUUAGAGAUGCAGGUGCAGUUGUUGUUGAAUCACCAGGUGAAAUUGGUGCUGCAAUUCUUAAGGCUAGCAAAGACGCUGGUAUUGCCUAAAUUAAUUUAGAAAAUUGAAAUUCAUUUAAACUUGAUUUUAUACAAAUUGUUUUGAUAACUGAUCAAAUUCUGCGCUCUUCCUCUUGAGAUCGUUUACUAAGAUGUUAUCUGGGUUUAUUGAACUUAAUCUUGAAAUUAAUUCAUUGGUAUCCUUGUUUUUUAAGUGAGUUGAUAUGACGAUUUCAUUCAUGAUACUGUAUUCAUCUUCUGAGUUGAUACUAUCUAAUUCAACUUGUGCUUCCUCAAA